CGUGAAGCCAAGCUCAACAAAGAAAAAACAUAGUAUGUUUUUCCUAUGUUGAUAUUCAGACGCAUAAUAUCGCUAUGAAGAAGCGCUUUUUUGGAUAAAAAAUUGCCCCCACGAUGAAAAAGUGACAAUUUUAGAUAAUAUAUUGGAGGUGAUCGGGCAACGUGAACGUAGAAACAAAAUCACCUUCGAAGCACAGGCUAGAUUCAGAAACAUUUGUGUUGGUCGUAGUAAGAUUAAGAAAAUUGCAAAGUCAAGAAGCUUCGACUUGUUUUUUUUUUUUCGCAAUCGCAGUCGCUUAGGCUUCGACAGACUGCGUUACUGCCGAGACACUGACUACGUACAGCCUCAAGUAAAGGAGAGAAAAUUGUUGAACAUCAUAAAUAAAUCAAAAUGCCGUCGUCAGCUGCACAGGCCGCUGCCAGCAGCGCAGCUGCACCAUCCAAGCCUUUGGAUGGGGAGCCGCAGCUGCGUAGGCGCAGCCGAAGUCCACGCCGAAACGGAAAACAUAAAACCGAGAAUGAUGGAGCGGCUCCAGAGUCGCAAGCGCAUGAUGUCAUUGAAGGCAGUGCCCGCUCCUCUACUCUCCCGUCUCAACUGCAAGGCUUAAUCGGCCUGUGGCGAAGCUCCGACCACCGCUAUCAAGAAGCUCCGGUUCGGUGUUACUUGCGGGACGCCAUGGAAGACGGACUUUUGCACGUCGAAUGGGCUGAUGGGUCUGGUUCGUCUUCGAAAAUCCGUCUUGUGACAGGCGGCCUCAACAAAAAAUCGAAAAGCACUCUAUUUACGAUACAGCUAGAAAAUCCCGGCAAUCACGAUUUUGACGAGGCCGACAACAUUGCGCACCGUUGGAUGGCGAACGGCGUCACUGCGACUACGAAGGAGAUUCUGUGGCACAAUAAGAAGCCCAAGGAUGGUGCGCACAGCCCUAUCACCUGGACACGGAUUUUUGUUCCGCCACGGGAGGUUGCUGCAGCUGAUAGCGUAUGCGAGAAAAUCGAAAAGGCUCAGCAAGAAACGGCUCGUACCUUUGAAAAGCUACGUGCUGAUAUCGAAGAAGCGGAAAAAAGAUCCAAGACUGCGUAUGAGAAGCUGAGGUCUGACGUUUCGGGCAAUCUACUGGCUGAUCAGGUUCCGUGCUGCAAAAUCUGCAUGACCAAUCCGAUCGGCGUCGUCCUACUCGGCUGCGGGCAUGUUUUGUGCGAAGAGUGCGCAGAGCAACAGUGCACGCCGGGGAAACCGUGUUUCUAUUGCAAAGUGCCGUACGCCGGGCGACAGGAAAUGUUCUUCUCGUGAUCAAUAUGGUGGUCUGAAUCAAUGGCAUCAACCUAUUCAUGGCCUGAAUGAAUGUGACCGUGACCGACGCCGGUGUCGCUUAUGAUUUAUACGAAUGUAAUAUCUCCGAGUGACUAUGACCAAGCAGGAAUGGUCUGUUCCUAC